UGACAGAUAUGGCUACUGUAAUAUUUCUUGUCCUUGACAAACAUAUGAAAUCAAUAGAUUACUCGUCAAUUGACUUAAAUAAGACACGGAAAUGUUGGUUUUAGACUCAAAUAUCGUUGAACCGAGGUACAGUGACAAAGUAUUAGCUUUAAAGCAGAAGACCAACGUUUGGCGCAUACUGCCACGCAGUCCCAGUUUAACACCCAUGCAAAUUUGGUUGUAAACAACUUUUUAGGAAUGGAUGUACACGGUAUAACUGAACUGCAAGACUUAUGUGGAUGAUCUUGAAGAUAUUUUUGAACAUGGUUUGUCCCAUGGUGUUGUAAUUUAGAGGCCAAGUAGCAUGAUGCUUUUCGUAACUUGAAAAAUCAGCUGUCAGGUUGACGAAAUGAUGGAGCAUUUCGAUUCCGAGGAUGACAACAUCAGUCGUGCCAGCUCUAACAGAUGGUCUCUUAUGGCAUUUGAGCUGCCAGGGUCAGAUAUACUAAAAACAGGAUAUCUGAAGAAAUUAAAGACAAAGAAGGAUAAGUUUUUUGUGUUACGCUCCACCAGUAGUAGUGGCCCAGCAAGGUUGGAGUACCAUGACUCGGAGAAAAAGUUCAAAGCUGGACAACUUCCGAAACGACAGAUAUUUCUUCAUCACUGCUUUAAUAUCAACAAAAAGUCAGACACUCGCCAGAAGAACUGCAUUGCUCUGUAUUUGGUGGAUGAGUGUUUUGCUGUGAUAGUAAAAGAUUCUGGGGAGAUGCAGGUCUGGCUGGAUUUGUUACUGGAGCAUCAAUAUGAAUACCUGACAGAUGAUCAACAGCCAUUUCCCCACUACGAUUAUAUAUGGCAAGUGGAAAUAAAACCUAAGGGACUUGGAGUAAGCAAGCACUUGUGUGGGGGCUACCGCUUUUGUCUUAAGGAUACAGUCUGUUUUGUCAGGAAUAAUUCCAAUAAAGUGGACUUUGAAAUCCAGAUGAUGAACAUAAGGAGAUGUGGCCAUAAAGAGGCAUUUUUCUUCAUGGAGCUUGGCCGCCAUUCUCCAACAGGUUCAGGGGAGCUCUGGAUGCAGGUGGAUGAUGCAUAUAUAGCACAGAGCAUGCACGAGGUGCUACUGAGUGCAAUGAGAGAGCCUUUUCGCUCUCGCAGUAACACAAGUUCUUCUGGUCGUCUUCGAGAUGCAGAGAUGGAGACUCAUGAAAGUCGCAGCCGAGAGGGCAGUCAAGGUCAAGGUUCACUUAGAAAUAAGAAGAAAAAAGUACCUCGUCCUGGCAGUGCCCUGCCCCCUGAAGUUAACUCAAUGCCCCAGAUCAGUACAAGUCCUGCCAGUUCCCACAAGGCUCCAUCUGAAUCCUUCCGUGAGCGUGGCCUGUCCAAUUCAAUGGAGCAGCAGAAACCUCGUCAUGACAGUUUUACAUAUAAAAGUCCAGAAUUGUAUGGCUCUAGUCCAGGACCUGACUCAACCAUUGUCAAACACUUGGAGGUAAGGAGUCCUAAUUCAGUGGAGAACACCAAUUCCUAUCUUGUUAUGUCACCCACCUCACGGUCCAUUUCACCACUCAGAGACCACCCAAUGGAGAGAUCAGGGUCCUCUGCCUCAGACCAUGAACCAGUGCCCAGGAUGCAAGGAGGGUAUAUGGACAUGAAGCCUGGGUCAGUGUGUAGUAACAAUCCAGACCCUGGCUAUAUUGACAUGAGUCUGUCAAGUCCACAAGCAGACAAAGCAGCAUCCACUCAGAUGAACAGUGGGUACAUCCCCAUGGGAGCAGGGCAUGCUGGGAGAAUAGCAGCAUCAGCACCGAUUCCCAUCAGACAGCCCAAGGAGCCAGGUUACAUGGAGAUGGGUCCCUCCAGUCAGCCUCUCCCUCAGAUCAAGGAGGGAGGAAGUGGAGAAGCAUAUCUACCAAUGACGCCAACAGCAAACAGUCCAAUACCUGGCUCAGACAGUCUCCGCCCUGCCAAAGUGGUCUGCUACCUUUCUGAUGACUCAAUGUCUGGUGAUCUGCCAAAACGAUCCUUCUCCUUAGGAUCUAAACCCAGUACCAAAAUAGUGAGGCACCAUACCAGUUAUGUUGAACCAAAGGCCAAGGAGGAAUCAACAGACAGUGGUCGCUGGCAGAGUGCUCCUCAUCUCAUUGCUCAGAAGAAAGCACAAGCCACUCACUCUUAUAUGAAUACUGACUCUUCUUUAGGUUCAAGUCCACUGAGCCAAUCACUUUUCUCAGAAGACUCAAUGAUGGAGAUGGAGUAUCGACCUAGAGCCACAAGUGAAAGCUACAGGCCUCGAACAUCUAGUGUAGGAAAAAUCUUGUCACAAGCCCGUCAGCGUUCAUCAAGUUAUGGACAACAAUCAAAACUAGCCCAACUUGCUCAUGAUGUCAGGAGAAAAGUAGGGUCAUUUGAAUCGGUUCGUCAUUCAAGUAUUGAUAAACAAUUAUUUCAUCGUACUUCUAAUGACUCUAUUGAACAUAUGUCUUUCUCAUCAAAGGCUUCAUCCUCUGAAUCUUUGCGUAACUCAAGUAGAAACUCUGAAUAUGUGGACAUGCACUUGGACAAAAGUAAUGAUACAGGAUAUAUCGAUAUGAGUAUUGGAACCCCUAAAAGUGCAAAGUCAAGUGCAUGUCAUUCUAGGAGUUCUUCAAACCAAAGCCUUAGUUCUUCUCCUGCAAUUAUAAACAGUUUUGGAAUAAAACAAGAAUCACCUAGUAUAAAAGUAAUCAAAUCCAGUGAUGGAAUUGCUCAAAAAUCAUCAAGUUUAAAUGUUAGUUCUAGAUCCUCCAUUGCCAGCAGGAGUCCUUGUGGAUCAGGAAGAGAAUCUGAGGAUGAAAGUUAUGUUCCUUAUGCUCCAGGAAUUUCAGGAGAAAAUCAGGUGCAGGAGACCAGAUCUGGAUCAUUGUCAGACAAAAAAACAAGUUCAAGAUCAAAUUCACUUUCUUAUGAAAAAAGACCAGGAUCUAGAUCUGGAUCAUUUGGCUCAGAAAAAAAUCCAGAUUCCAGAUCUAAUUCUUUUGGCAAUUGUUCAAGGCCCAGUCCAAGAUCUGGAUCUUUCAAAGCAGAUCAGAAAUCUCACAAGAGCUCCCGACUAGGCAGACAUAGUCCCAAAACAAGCCUAGUGUCCAGUGAGGCUCUUAAAAGUGUGGACAAAAAGGCUGUAAAACAAUCAGAUGAUAAUCAGUAUAUUGACUAUGAACCCGGUAGUGUAGAUGUAGGAAACCUGACAGAAAAUCCACAGAAUGUCAGCAGAGUGACAGAGAGCAAUGUGAUGAAUGAGUCCACGACAAUUGUUCAAAAACCAAGUGCCCAACUUCCUCAGUACAGUAUGUCAGCUGACCCCUUGUUCUCAGCAAUGCUUUUAGUUAAAGAUAAAGAAAAUAAAAGUGGAGAAAGUGAGUCCAAUAAGAAUACGGACACUAGUUUUCAACCAAAGCAGGAUACUUCUGUCACCAAGCCAAAAAGUAAUUCUUCAGAUAAUUAUUCAUAUAUGGAGUAUGCACCAGAUACAUCUGUUACAGUGGAUACUUCUCUGAAAAGUCCAACAGUUGUUCGAUCAUAUUUUAACACAGAUUCAAGUUCAAAAGAGGAAAAGAAGACCAAACCAACGAAGGAUACAACUGAGAGAUUGGAACUCGAGUGUGUUGCAAAACCAUUGAGCAAUGCUCCAGCAAGUUCAAAGUCUGAACUUGAUAGAAAACCUAGUAAAGAGAGCAAAAAGGAGAGCAAUAGUGCUGUUGUCAAACAGGUGCUCCCAAUGAAAGUAGUGCUACUAGACAACACUGAGGAUGAUGAUGGGUAUGUUGGACUGGACUUUGGGGACAAUAAACGGAGCUCAGAUUUUUCUUACCUUCCAAGGUCUCCAAUCAGAGGAGAUCCUUCAGAAGGUACAUCAGUGGAUGGUGAUUUGUUUAUGAGACAGGACAGUAAACAGAGAGCUAGUCCAGUGAAUGAAGGUGCCAGAUCAGAUCAGCCAGUUACCUCUGGACUAAAGAAAAAGACAAGUGUGAGUUCCCUCCAGGAACAAGACAAUGUGUUCAGAGACGGUAAAAAAGAAACAGAAAGAAGCUGUGAAUCUUUAAAUUUAAAAAGCUCUAUUCCACUCUCUGUGACCUCAAAUCAAGAGCUUCAUAAACAACUUAGUAUGCCCUGCAUGGCCAUGGAAUCGGAACAGAGUGGUGAUAAUGGACAGGAGGGGGAUAUAAAUCGUCGAAGUUGUUCCGACCUUGCCAGUGAGUAUGAAGAAAUGUCUCUCCCAACUGUGAGGUCUAAAUGUUCUUCCAGUCAACAACUCCCAGUAGGACCUACACUGAACUAUGCUAAGCUGGAUCUUGGAUCAAGCGAAGAAAUCCCAGGGGAACAGAAAUUUCGCCAGACAAGGCAUCCUUCCUCCCCAGAUGAUAGUGGUCCCCCUGUGCAAGGGUAUGCAGAGAUUGACUUUGAAAUGUCUGAUAACUUAAAAAAUGCACGGAGCAAAGAAAAGUUACCUGUGAAGUUUUCUAUAGAAUAAAUUCAAUAGUCCUUGCUAAAAGCUUUAAAAAAAAAGGACUGGCAAGCAAGAGCUGUGCUUUAAACUGGCAUGGUAAAAUAGUCUGCCAGUCUGGAUGUUGUAUUUAUAAUCGUUGUCAGUACAAGAAAAUCUGUUGGAAAUUUUUCUUCAUUAAUGAAUUUGCAGCUAUGUCUAAAUAUAGACAGCUCUCUUAGAAAGCUCUGGUAUUUGUUUUCUAUUGAUUUGUUCUUCUACAUGAUUGUGUUACAAGAUAGAGUGUUUAAAAACGUGAUCAUCUUUGUAUGACAGAUAUUUCAUACAUCUCGCCAUGUGAUAGAGGUUGUGUGCUUUCUGAUAUACAAUGUAAUGCAAUAUUUGUUUUGUACAUGUUCUUGUAAGAAAGGAGAAAAGUGCAUUGUAUCUCGGAUUUAUGUCUGCAUAGUGCCUGUGUAUGCUGCUAGGAAAUUAUUAUGCAUGAAGAUCUUUUUUAUGUGUAUCACUUUUGUAUGAGUGAUGUUGCUUACAUGUAA